CAAGGAAAGGCUGUUACACAUUUAGAAGUAAAAUGUUAGGUUGCCUGUUCUAACCCUUAAGUGAAGUUUGCCUAGCCUGAGUGAUUAACAGUUUCCUGCUAUGUAAUGUGUGCCCUGUCGGGAACAUUAUCAGGUCACUCACAGAAAACAAACUUUCAAUUUAGACUUUUGGCCCUCUGACAUUUGAGUGCCUUGAAAUGGGAAACAGUUCUCUUAGGGAAGAAGUGCUUCGGAUCUUUUGUGAUUAUAAGUUUUGGUCAGUGUCUUACAGGAGUGUCCUUGGGAGACAUCUGUUAAAUAUGAAAUAAUUAGAGCUAUACAGGAAUAAAAGCUAGAUCACAUAGCUUGAAGUGGUAUCAUGACUGAUGGCUACUUUGAGGUGGUCAUACAGGAAUAGACGGAGGAUCUUGAAGUUAGUUUAUGACAAUAGAAACAUUCUAUAGUUUAACUGCAUGCACAAUUUGACAUGUUGAGCGUGUAAGAGUAACUACAGUCACACAUCUAUAACACCCAUCACUGCGACCAUGAUUAGUUUGGCUCUCGGAACCUUUCUGUUCGGGAUGUUUUGCGGGAGGGACCGGAAGAGGUGGAUCCUUUCGCGAUGUGGGGAGGCCGCAAGCUGAGCUCCUCCGGGAGUCGGUUUUUAGGAGCGCAUAGGUCGGCGUUCCGGGGCACACAGCCUGAUUGUCCUCGCUUAACCACGUCGGCAGCUUAUUCAAAAAAUCAGCUCAGUUGGACUCUACAAAUUAAACCAUCGGUUUUCAGUGAAUACAGAAUCACGUGUUUCAAAUCCUAUAGCAUGACUUUUGCCUGCCUGAAUAGGAUGAAAAGUUACAGACUCCCUUGGACAAGACUGUACAGUACUUCCCGGACCACUGUAGACAGCAGUGAGGUGAAGACCUUCCUGGCCUUGGCGCACAGGUGGUGGGACGAGCAAGGAGUAUAUGCACCUCUUCACUCUAUGAACGACCUGAGGGUGCCGUUCAUUAGAGACAAUCUUUUAAAAACAGUUGCUGAUCACCAGCCAGGAAAACCUUUGUCUGGGAUGAAGAUUCUUGAUGUUGGCUGUGGUGGUGGAUUGUUAACGGAGCCUCUAGGGCGGCUUGGGGCUUCAGUUAUUGGAAUUGAUCCUGUGGAUGAGAACAUUAAAACAGCACAGCACCAUAAAUCAUUUGACCCAGUCCUGGAUAAGAGGAUAGAGUACAGAGCGUGUUCCCUGGAAAAGAUUGUGGAAGAAACUGCAGAAACAUUUGAUGCUGUCGUAGCUUCUGAAGUUGUAGAACAUGUGAUUGAUCUAGAAACGUUUAUACAGUGCUGCUGCCAAGUGUUAAAACCCGGUGGUUCUUUAUUCAUUACUACAAUCAACAAAACACAGCUGUCCUAUGCCUUGGGAAUUGUUUUUUCAGAGCAGAUUGCAGGUAUUGUACCAAAAGGUACUCAUACAUGGGAGAAGUUUGUUUCACCUGAAAAGCUAGAGAGCAUUCUGGAAUCAAACGGUCUGUCAGUUCAAACUGUGGCAGGAAUGCUCUACAACCCCUUCUCAGGUUACUGGCAUUGGAGUGAAAACACCAGCCUUAAUUAUGCAGCUCAUGCCGUGAAAUCCAGCAUCCGGGAACACCCAGCUCCUGCAGAGUUUGCUUUAAAGGAGGAAACAGAAGAGCUCCGAACUGAAACCUCCACCAACUCAGGUGUGCAUGAAGAGCUGAAGAAAUGAAUUGUUUCUAAGGACUGUAGUAAAAUGGCUUGAAAGUCUGAUGUUUACAAAUACACAAAAUAUACUGUUUGUCUUUUGAGACAGGAUCCUAAAGAAAGUCAAUAGAAAAGGCUAAAACCUUAGAUAAAAGCUUUUGUUGUUUCAUCUAAUAGCUACCUUCAAGGGAUUAGUCUAUGGAUUAAAAAAAAGUUUUGAUGAGGUAUUAUGUGAUCUAGGAGUUUAAGUUUCUCAGCCUUUGUUAUAUAAAUAGGGUAUACAUAUUUCACUUCAUCUUACAGAUUAUAUGAUAUUUUUCCCGCAUGUAUGCACAUACAUAUAUACUGUAAUGUUUUAAUUUAAGUAAAUUUGUAUCAUCUAGGUUCUUCUUUAUUUGGUUUUAGUUAAAGGCAGUUAUGCUUCUGACUGGUUUUAUUUUAUACCAGUUAUAUUUAGGAAGAUAAAAUGUCUUUUUUCCUUUAAAUUUUGGUUUUUGGAAAGCAAA